AGCAAACACUGCACUCCGCCAGUAGCCAGGGAGAACUUUCGAGCUGAACUGAGAGAAGCCGGCAUCAGACAUGAAGUGGAGUUUAAUUUCGUUUAUCUGUUUAAUGUUACACGUCGCCAGCACAUUGGCGCAACCAAAACAAGUGUGCAAAAAGGUUGUGGACCUCGCAAUGGUGCUGGACGAGUCGGGCAGUAUCGGCGCCGCUAACUUUGUGAUAAUCAAAGGUUUUGUCGCCGACGUAAUAUCUCGUUUCAGCGUUUCCCCGUAUGGCGCUCAUUUUGCCGCUGUGAAAUACAGCAGUAGCCCUCGCGAGGUGUUUUCUCUCACCAAGUAUACCAACGCUGCACAGCUGCAAACCGCUGUCCGAAAUAUAAACUACCAGGGCGGCGGCACCUACACUGGAAAAGCAUUGGACUAUGUCCGACAAAAUAUUUUUGGACAAGCUCAGGACAGAAAGGACGCGCCGAACGUAUUGGUUAUAUUCACUGACGGUCAGUCAAGCGACCACAAUAGAGCAGUUCAGGCAGCGGCACAAUUGAAGGGGAGUGGUGUCGCCAUUCUUUGUGUUGCUAUUGGAGACGGGGCAACAAAUCCUACACUGUUACAACAGCUUGGAGAUCUGGCGAGCAAGCCAGGAUACGUUUUCAAGUCGAACGUUGCCGCAUUGGAUACGAUCAAGAAUGAACUGGUUAGGGAGAUUUGCAAAUCUAUUCCUGCCUGUAAAAGUCAGCCUUGCAAGAAUGGAGGACAAUGUGUUGACACAGAUACAGAAUAUCGGUGUAACUGCCCACCUGACUGGACAGGAGUGAAUUGUGAGGUGCCCAAAUAUUGCCCAGCUGUUUCGUUCUCAAAGCGAGGAUGCUACAAGACGCCUGAACCUAAACCAGACUCUUCAAAGCUCUUGUUCAACCGUCGUAGCAAGAUUGAUUGGGGCCAAGGAUGGGAUAAAUACCUCGACGAUGUCGUCUGCGAUUGCGGAAAGGAGGCAAAAGCUCAGGGCUACAAGUACUUUCUGAUUGAGUUCCACGGCGAAUGCUGGGGCUACGGCGAUUUUGACGUGAACCAGCCUCACGCUGGUGCUGGAAACUGCUGGGGAAAACGUCCAAACUACCAAAUUUGCGAUGAAACCCAAAUGAAACCGAUUUGCGUUGGAACAGGAGAUCACGGGUACCUCUACCACCUGGAUUGAACAUCCGGCGUAUUUUCUGACACAUGCAAGAUUGGCAUCAAAGAACUCUCCGGCUCACUUAAGUAACAUGAUUAUAGUUGAUUGAAGUAGAUUUAGAAAAUAAUAGUCGCACGCUUAGAAAUAAAAGUU